AAGGAAGAACGCCAACGGUGCUCUUUGUCGAUGCGCAUCGGAGAGCGAUGCUCCCGUUUGCUCGGCUACAUUUACGUGUAUAUAUACGAAAACAGCCUCGAGAGCAGUCGGGCCGCCCGCUUUCUAUUUAGAGUUGGUGCGCCUAAAUUAGAAAAGCCAAUAAGUAUUUUUCUCCUCUCGCAAUUCUUCCUUCCUGAAAUUCUGCAUCGCGCAAUGAGCGCGGCUGUAGAGAGAACAGUUUUUACACUCGUUCCGAGUAAUCCGCACCGCCGCAAGGUUUCCAAGUUCGCGUCGAUAAAGCUCUGCAGGCUGGCGAGCAUCGAGUAUAAGCAAAAAGGCGGUAAAAUUGAUUUCCUAACUCAUCCCCUAUAGGAUUCCGCGUAACACGCUCAGCCAAUCAUGAGCGUGCGUAUACGCGUGAACGCGAGAAGCCGAGUUAAAGUUAGUCAAGAAAAUCUUCGGGUGCAUCCGGCGCGUUCGCUCGAACAAGCAAGCAUCAGUGUCCGAUUCCCCGGGCAAAAACACGAGGCUUCCAUUUAGCUCGGGCGCAUCUCAUCCCUCUCUCUGCGAACGAAAAGCCGCGGCGGCAGCAGCACUUUCAUACGAGAUCGCCAAGAAGCGUCAUUUCAGUCUCGCUUGCAGCGAGCAUUGUGUGCCGAUGCUCGAGCGCGAUAAGCGAGAGCGCGGCAAAGCGAGCAAAGUGCCGAGCCGCAGCCGCUCUAAUUACUUUUGUACUUGCAACGUUAGAGAGUCCGAUGUAUGCACUGUACAUGCCGCAUCUUUAUUGAGCGUAACGCGAAACGCUGGCUCGCGUGUGUGCGGUGUGCCUUUGCGUGCGCGCGGGGGAGAUCGCGCGGGAUACAUAGUAUAUGCAUUACAAGCGCGCGACGAGGAGAUGGGAGCAUUGGGAGCCGAGAGCCUCAGCUGUGGGCUACACGUGCGCGCGAGGAGAGCGCAAGUGUUCGUCCCUUAUUCGUGCACGUGCGAGAGAUCCCGUAUUAAGCCGCGGACUUUCCCAGAAUAGUGGUGGCGGCGGCCCUUCCUUCCGCGAGCGAUUUUCGGGGCGCCGUCUUUUUUCUUUGCUCGGGCGUCGGCAGGCAGGAGAAUAUAUUCGUACGUGAGAUUUUAUUUCGGAAUUCUUUGUUUCGGAGCUUCGUGAGAGUACUGUGUGUGUGUGUGUAUAUAUAUAUAUAUUCCUUCUAUCCCGAUGGGAAAGAGCUCGCAUCGAUGCGCGCGUAAUUAGCGCCUAUUGAGUUAAAUGAUAUCAAAGCUCCUUUUAAGCUGGCAUGUUUUAAUUGUAUGAGUCAGCGGUUUAAUUCGUGCCACUUCGUGUGAUAGUCUCUGCGCGUGCUCGACCUUUUUUUGCGAUCAUAAGUAUAGAGUUUUUUUAAUUAGACGAUGACAAACUGCCGUUUCCGUCAUUCAAUCUCUUCCUCCGCCGGCUCUUCUGUGUGCGCGCGCGCGCGCGUGUGUGAGAGAGAGAGAGAGAGAGAGAGAGAGAAAGAGAGAGCCGCGUACACGUGCACAUCCAAAGUCUAGAGUCAACAGCAGCCGCAAUAAGCGAGAGCCGCGGGGGGUUACACGUAUAGCGCGAGAGCGAGAGAAGAGAAGGGAUGAGCAAAGAGCGAGGGAAGAAGAAGCAGCCGCCGCUGAUGCUGGCUGCUGCCGGCAGUCGGCCCCCGAGUCAUUCAUGAAGCGGAUCCGCUUCCGCGAGUAUUAGUUGCGCCUCGAGCUGCCGCCGUACGUGAAAUUAUCGCGGAGAGAGAGAGAGAGAGAGAGAGCUAAGUGGAGUGCUUUGUGCCGCCGAGAGAGGUGAAUAUUGCCGGCGGCUCAGAUGGCGGCCAGGAGGAAAAGCGAGCCGGCCAAGCAGAGGUGCCAGGCCAAUGCCAGGGAGAGGGACCGCACGCAGAGCGUGAACACGGCGUUCAGCGCCCUGAGGACGCUCAUCCCGACGGAGCCGGCCGAUCGCAAGCUCUCCAAGAUCGAGACCCUCAAGCUCGCCAGUAGCUACAUCAACCAUCUGCUCGCGGUCCUCGUCUCCGGCAUCGACGACAGACCCUGCGCCAGACUGUUGCUCAACUCUGACAGUUACAAUGUUGUAGGCUCGUCAGCCUCGUCAACCGGAGGUACAGAGGGUUCCAGUCCAGCAUCGAGCCCUGCAUCUGCCGCGAGUUUAGCUGCAAUGGCUGCACCAAAGUUUGGCACUCUGGUACCCAAUAGGAUUUUUGUUGGUGGCAUUUCAGCAAGCACUAGCGAGGCAGAACUAGCCCAGCUCUUCUCUGCCUAUGGAAAUGUUAAGGCUACAAAAAUCAUUGCGGAUCGAGGGGGCGUAUCGAAAGGCUACGGCUUUGUUACAUUCGAGACUGAAGAAGAGGCCAAGCGUCUACAACAAGAGUCUGAGUGUAUUGUACUUAGAGAGAGAAAGUUAAAUAUUGCUCCAGCAAUAAAGAAGCAGCCAUUCAAUCGUUCAUUUGAUGGUGGAACUGGAUCUCCUCCUGCGGUGCCUACAAGUACUUACUACUAUGCAAAUGGGAUGGGUCUUCCUUAUCAGAAUAGCAUGACUUUUUUCAAUGCAGGAGCUCCAGCGCCAGGUGCAGCCAUAGCCCCGCCGACCGAUCCGGCGACGAUGUAUCAAGCAGCAGGAGUUUUUGGGCCUCAAGCUACCGCCAGUCAUCAGACUUUCGCACCUAUGAUGUAUCCGGUGCCGGCGCCGUCUCUCUAUAUGCCGCAACAGUAUCAAUAUUCUCCGAUGCCGUAUGAGCCAUACUAUCCAGGGACGACCGCUGCCGGUGGCCCGCAAUUUUUGUAUGCUACAAACGGCGCACAGCCGGCGAGCAGCGGCAGCAAUAAUGGCUCAGGAAACAGCAGCAGCGGUACAGCGCCGGGCGCGUCGAGCCCGGCCUCGGCUACGGCGGCAGUUUCGGCGUCGCUCGGUCCUUCGCCGCCCCAGUUUCAGACGCACUACUACGGACCUGGUUCUCAUCAUCAUCCGGCUCACGGACCACCUGCUCCGCCCCCACCACCCCAAAUGGAGCAUCUCUACUACACGUAUCCUCCACAGUCUCAUGUCGCCCAACCGCCACCACAUCAUGGGCCGCUCGGUGAGCAGCUCCUCAUCUACUCCACCGACAUGAGCGCACAGCCAUCUUCUAACGACUCUCAGCUUAGCCAGCCAGAGGAUAAUCGUUCGACAUCAAGCCACUCGGAACAGCUCCAGCAAGGUGGCAAUGCAACAACUGACACCGGCGGCGGUGGUGGAGGCGGUGGUGGUGGCAGUAACGUUCAGUCCGCCUCACAGCCAGCUGAUCCGAAUGCGCCUGCCAUGCUCCAGUUCAUGCCUCUUAAAUAUCCCCAAAUGCUCAACCGCUAUACUACCCCAAACUUCCACCCCGUUAGUCUUCAGCACUCGCCGCAAGCCUCUGCCGGCUCGCCUCAGACGAACGCCAUCGCGAACGAUAGCGCCGGGUCGACAAGCAUCGGUGACGAUUUGAACAACAGCGCGAACGCAGGCAACUCCACCCCUGUGCACUACCGCACCAUGUCCAUCUAUCCUACUACCCUGUUCGUUCCACACGCGGCUCAGUACCCGGGAACUACCGCGAAUCAGCCAGGCGCUAGUCUACUUCCCACUCCACCCCAGCAACCGUAUGAUUUGAGUGGAAAAUACCAUUCGAAAUCAGGUCUCCUCGGCAGCCCGUACGCGAAAGGUCCGCCUCACGGUGCCUCGCCUCUUUUGCAUCAUCCGCAAUCGGCUUACAUCAAGCAGUACAAUGGGCCUCCGCUCCAGCCCAGUCAUGGUGGACACCACAAAUAUCCCCGGGUAACGACACCACCUUCGAGGCUGUCGCACCAUCAGGGCCAGCAAACGCAGUACGGCAAGCGGGGCUCCCAAGCGACCUACUAUUUCUCGCAAAAAUCCUGCCAGUACGGGGGCCCGGGUCCCCGGACCGGUCACCAACCCUUCGUCUACGGUCCUCAGACACAGUUCUCCCCAUACGCGAUGCCCCAUCCCGGUAGUCUUCCCAAAGGUAGCUACACUCUUAGCUACGAAAAUAGCCGCAGAAACUAUAGCUCUGACCAUACCGACAACUACCACCCGGGAAUUAGGCAAGGCAAUCGAAAAAAUGCGGUCAGUAACUACCGAGGGUCGAACCUGACGAUGAGCGCGACCGCGACACCUAGUAGCGCUACCCCAGUAGAAACGAUUUCUAAGAGUGAGUGCGCCAAGCCCGGCGAUGACGCGACUGCGACCACAACGACGAGUUCUAGCACAGAAACCGAGACGUCCGCGACGCCAAGCAAAACUCCCCCUGGCAGAAGUAACGAUAACAGCCCCCCGCCGCCCCCAGCCUCCAACUCUCCCAUGACACGGCCUCAUCCAAAUCUCUCACCGUCUCCCAAUCCCAACCAGGUCCAGUACUUCGUAUCGAGCAGUGGAAAUCAGCGCAACAAUAGCUCGUCCUUCGGCCAGCAGCAGCGUAGCAGUAGAUAUCCAACCUCUACGUCCAUGUCUAGCCGAGGCGGCAAGUCUCAGGGUCCGCUGCGCCAGACAGGUGCUGGCAAGUACAAGAUGAACGGCAUCGUGCAAACGGGUGGCAAGCUGUCGGUCGCGGACGAGGUGGAUCUUGGCGGUGCUGGAGACGCGCCGCCCGUCGUUAGGAUGCCUCUGACGCCGCCUGGUACACCGCAGCAGUCGCAAACCCCUGGUGCCACCGAGCAGCAGCUCAACGAAUCGUGCCAUCAGAUGCAGGCUCUCAGACUCUGAGUAGUAAAUGCCGGCGCGCGCAAGCUUGUAUAGUACGUACAUGCUUCUCUUUCUUGCGUCGACUGUCCUUGACGACGAUUACGAUUACUAUGACGAUGAUAGUCGACGAUGAUAAUCCUUGUCGGCAAAAUUACACACUCACACCGUUGUUCUUGUUAUAUCCAUCGAUUCUUGCAUAGCGAGAGUAUAUUUGCGCGCCAAUAUUUAUAGAUGUGUAUGAUGUGAUCUCAUGAUAUUUAACUAGGAGUCCCGCUGCGAAUGUUUCAAUUUUAAGAUAAUGUUAUGACGCGGUUUAUACGCCGCAUGGCCUGGACAAACGUAUAUACACAUAAACUUAAGACACUCGAUAUAUGCACACACGUACACGCAUUAUGAAAACGUUUAAACGUGCUGGAGACGAAAAAUUCAAACCGAAGGGUUUGAUUGACGACUCAAACAAAAAUAAUAAUCUCGGUGAAUUGUUGAAUAUUUAUAGUAAGAUGAUUUAACGAAAAAAUAAUAUUAUAAGGUGAGAGAGGUAUCUAUAUAUACAUAUAAAUAAAUAUAUAUAUAUAUAUAUACAUACACAGAAGUUAUAUUAUUAGAUAUGAGUCACGAUGUAUACAAAACAUAGUAUAUAUACAUAUAUUUACUCUCACGUAUGUAUUGCAAAGCUACAUAUAUACUUAUUAUAUCUAUUAUACAUUUCAAAAGAUCAACUAAAAUCCAACUUAAGCGGGAAUAAAAGAGCAAGACAGUUAAAUAUUAUUAAAGAUUUAACGAAAAAAAAAAGAUAUAUUAUUGCUAAGCAUAUUGGUAAAAAUAUUUAAAAAAAUACAAACUUAGUGUCGUCGCAUACAUGCGUGUGAUGAUAAAGAAAUAAUCGAAACAAUAUAGGCUCGACAAAAAAAGCAUGAAUCUCGCGAGCAAGGCUAGAGUAGGUAGAUGGAUCAGAGAACGGUAGAGGCAGAAACAAAAUAAUGUUAUCGUACAAAUAUAUGAGCGAUCUGUCAUGUGUUCAAAAGAGAAAAUCGGGGUCUUUUUGAAAGAAGCAGAGGGUUGGUAAUUCAUAAAUGAUGAAAAAAAUACAGUUGCUCAAUGCACUGCCACGUCCUUCUUUUUUCUGCGUGAAAGUGGUAUCGUACUGAUCGUUUUUUCAUUUUAUUAUAAUUUAUUUUUUUUUAUUUAAAGGAAAGAUAUGAGCUAUGUAAUGAUCAGCCAUUGACGAUUUAUUUUCAUUUUUUUUUCUUAAUGCCGAACGAUACGCACGAUGUCAACUGUCAUUAUUUAUUGGUUUGUUCGAUUAUUUAUUCUAUGAUUUUAAUCGAUUACUGCUUCUACGUUUCGUUUAUGUAAUAAUUUGCUCAACUACUGCAUAGUUUUUAGUGGAAAUCGAGAUACAGAGGCAGUGAAAAAAGGAAGCCCCGUGCCCAAAAACGAAUAAAGAUUAAAUAUUAAAAAAGGUGAAUUAAAAUGUGUUGGCUGUGAGCUUCCAAGCAAAUAACAAUAAUUAAAUUAUUAUAAUAUUGUAAACGUUUAAAUAAUAUUCUACCUAAUUGUUAUGAAUAUAAAUUUCAUUUAUCGACAAAUGAGAAAUUUGUUAGCUCAGUCUCGAGUAUUGUAGCUUGUAUUGUCUAUUUAAAGAUGAAAAAACGAAAAAGUUGGAAAACCAAGAGGCAAAGUUAAAGAUUAACAGAAAAGUAAUAAAAGACAAACGAACGUGUAUAAGAAUUAUGGCAAGUUUACCAUAGUUGUAGACAAAAAUAAAACGUUAAACGUGUCUAGAAGACGAAAAUAAUGAUGGCGAAAAAUUUGACAUGGCCUAGAAAAGAAUUAGAGAUUUUGUGAGUUGUUAUAAAUGAUGCUAAUUUAUUGAAAAGAAGAGUGCCUUCUAUUUGUUUUCGUGGUUGUAUUGUUGAACGUUUGUUGCGUUACGUUCCAAGAGCCUCUAAUGUUGUUAUAAUAAAAAAUGAAAAACGUUUGAAGAAUGUUGUUCCUCUAUUUAUUUAUUGAUUUACGAGUCCGUCAGCUGGCUCAGUAUCAUUCAGCGAAUUUGGAAGUGUGAAAGUAUAUGUUGUUAUGUUGGUAGUGACGACAAAUACGAGAAUUAUAACGAGCGAGAACAAAGAAAAAAAUAUAUACAUAAUACAAAUAUAAUGGAAUCCAUGUAAGCAGCCAAAUUAUAUUAUACUCGGUGACGCCGAUGUGAGAGUCAAGUAUUGUCGCACAUCGAGCCGCUGCUCAUUUCGGCAUCUAUUUAUAUACAUGUAAUUCGCAUUGACUGAGUUUUCACUGAUAUCAAGCAACUUACGAAUCGAAUCCCUGUACUAAUGUUACCAAGUCUUUAUAUUUUAUUGCAUGUAAAUGCUGUGAAAUGUAUUGCAUGGUAUAUACUUGAUGAUGAUAAUCUAUUAUUCAAUUUUUGUGAUCACCACACGACAGCAAAUCUUGAGAAUACUAUAUUAAAAAUGGGCGCGCUUUGGCCAUUUGAGUUAACUCAGUCAAUAUUCUCAGCAAUAUUUAAUUAGUAAUAUAUGCCAUUGGGAUUUAGAGAAUGAAUGGAUCUGCGUGUAAGGAAUUUGGAGAAACUCUGAAAUACGUGAGCAUCUACUCGAACUUGGAGAGGUGGCUGUGACUAUAUUGUGUGCAAGUGAACAAAAAUAUUACUUGUAUGGUAAAUCUUGAUAUGCGUGUAUAUCAGUGAAAAGUGAACCUAUAAAAAAACAUAUAUAAAUAUAUCUAUUUAAAAACAAACAGACGCGAAUUUCUAUGUUAAAUUUAGUGUAUUCACUUGCAGUCACUUCUUCAAAGAUGAUGACGUUUGUUAAUUGUUACAUUUAUGCAAUUUCAUACACAAAAUUUAACAUGGAACAGAAAAACGGAUAUGGUAUAACAGAUGAUAUAUUAUAAAGUACUUGGUAAAACUAUCUAUAAAAAAAAUUAGAUAUACAUAUAUAGCGAAGCAUAAAAAUAGGUCUACAUGUGUUAUACACAUUAGAAAAAGCGAGUUUUCACUUAUGAAACGCUAAGUAUGUUUAAUUCAAACUGAGACAAAAAAGAUCAGAGAUAUAUGGAACUGACACUGGGAGGAAUGGAUAAAGUGGACAUAUGUCUAACACAAAUUUUAAUAAGAAAUUACAGACACUAUGAAAUAGAGACUAUUGUUGCUGUUAUUGUCUUAAAACUUUGACGUCUUUAUUUUUUUUCUGUACAUGUAGCUGAUUCUUUUUAUAUUUUCCCUUUCCCGAAAAUAAUGCUAAAGCACAAUGUAUAUACUGUAUGUGACACAAAACGCUCACUUGAAUUUAAAAGCUGAGAAAAAAAGAGAGCACAUGUUACUGAAGGCACUAAAAGUCUUUGGAGUAGUACACAAGACUUAUUGACUACGAAACACCUGCAUUGUCCACUUUAUCCCAAGUAUACGUUAUAUAUUAUUGCUAAUAUAAUUGAUUAUUAUUAUAUUUAUCAUGAAACCAAAAAUAUAUUUAUGACAUAAAAACCGAUGCGUAAAAAGAAAUAAUACAUUUUUGAGAUUGUAUCAAUCAAACAUGUAAUCUGCCUAAAAAUGACACAGAUGAAAAUAAAAACAUAGAUUGCAUA